GUCCUUUGGUUGUGCACGUACAGGUAAUUACCAUUUUGCGCAUUGUCUGCAUUCAGCCUUCAGGGGAAGAUGCUUCUCCAUUGCGUGCUCCCAGGUUACCUGCUGUAGCAUUGUUUGAGCAUGCAAAACGGGGAGACAAAGCACAGUGUUUGCCGUGGGAGAAUCCUACGAGGAUGUGCAGCUAGAGCCAUUAGGAGCUGCCAGAGCUGCGGGAAUCCAUUGCAUGCCUUACUGAGACCAAAUGGUGUACACUUAAGUUUCACACCGCCGUCGCUGAUCCUGAUAGCUUGGAGCCCCGCAAGCAAUUAAAAGGGCCUCUCAAGGGUUGCCAUACGUCAACUUGUUCACCCCCGCAACCACUCUGCUAGAUUGACAACCAAGAAACUGGAGCGAAGGCCCUGGCAAACAAUGGAUCCUCCCCCGGGGGAAUCCAGCUCGAAUCUUAUUACAGCAAUCGAUCAUGACGCCUUCCCUUCUCUUGGGGACGACGCAGACAAGUCAGCGAAGUCUAAGAAUGCUAGCUGGACGGCCCGGGUCAUCAGUGAUGUCACCCAGCCCUUCCUGGACUUAUUGCUGUGGCUCAACAGGUUAAGGGAGGCGUUUGGGACGCCGUUCGUGGCCUCAGUGGCGGUGGCAUACGGCAUUUCGCAGGGGAUUGCCGAGACGCUGGGGAGCGUUACGCAGAAGUACUAUUGGAAGGACGACAUGAAGGUCCAACCCUCUGAGCUGCAAGCCUACGCUGCCAUUGCAGAGCUACCCUGGGAUGUGAAACCGAUCUACGGGCUCACAACCGACAGCUUUGCGAUAGCGGGGUAUCAUCGGCAGCCAUACAUAGCCUUGGCCGGCCUCCUGGGCACUGUCUGCUGGUGGUGGGUGGCCCUGGACAAGUCCCUGGGCGUGCUCAGCGCGCUGCUCGUUCUGUGCGGGACGAACGUGGCGAUUGCGCUUCCGGACGUUGUCAUUGACGCGUCGAUUGCUGUUCGAAGUCGCUCGCACCCAAAGCUUGCAGGGGACUUGCAGGGCCUGGGUUGGUCCAGUUUCGCGCUGGGGGGUUUGCUCGGCUACAGCAUCAGCGGGAGUGCCGUCGAGUAUCUGAAGCCCCGGGGGACGUUCGGCCUGCUGUCGCUGUCUUCCCUGACGCUCUUCGUCGCCUCUUGGUGGUUCCCCGACCAACGAGUGGAGCCCCGGCAGGGGGACCAAGAAACGGGCGUCGCGCGCUUAUGGCGGUCCAUAAGGCUCCUGGCGACCACCGCAGCGGACCCCGUGCUCUGGAAGCCCGCUCUGUACAUAUACGCUAUGCAGGCCAUCUGCCCGGACGUCAGCGACGCAAAGUUCUUCUGGUAUACAGACACCUCAGGAGUCGGCCCCGGCUUCUCUGAGACGUUCGUGGGGGCGAUUUACACCGUCGGAUACGCCGGCAUGCUCGUCGGCGUGGCGGUCUACAACCGGUACCUGAAAGACUUCACUUACCGCCGCGUGUUUCUGUAUGCGCAGCUGCUGCUCGCGUUUAUUGGCAUGUUGGACCUGCUGCUUGUAACCCGGGUUAGCCUCCGGUUAGGCAUCCCCGACCACAUUUUCGUGCUCGGGGACGAGGCCGUCUCGCGCGCGUUCAAACGGCUGUGCAUGAUGCCGGUCUACGUGUUGGCCGCUAGGAUCGUGCCACCUGGCAUCGAGGGGACGCUCUUCGCGCUGCUCAUGUCCGUGUCCAACUUUGGAGCUCAUUCGGGGUCGUGGCUGGGCGCGUGGCUGCUGUGCGCGCUGGGCGUGUCCAAGAGCGACUUCUCGCGCCUCUGGCUCGCGGUGCUCAUCCGCAACGCGUCGCGCCUGCUGCCCAUCGCCUUCCUUUUCCUCGUCCCGGAUGACUUGCAAUGCGGCAACAAGCGGGAGUCACGAGAGCCCGACAGACAGAUGCCCGUCGAGCCAGAUGCUUCGAGCCCGCUCUUGCAGAGGAGGACCUCAAAAGACUUCGCAGAAGCCGACCUUGUAUAGUGCGCUUCUGGAUUGAGCGUGGAUUCGAUUGCGAUUGGUGGCGUGAACAUGUAAAAUCUAAACUCGAUCUCUAGUUGUGGUGUUGAUACUUAUGUGGACCUAGGAGGGACACAUCCGAGCCUUUCUGGCCACAUAACCUGAGACCAAGUUCGCCAAGCCGGUAGCAGCAAAGCGCAGCGGUGUUGAUCUGCGUCAAAAGCUGUGCAGAAUGAGUAUAUUCCUCUUCAUCUUCAUCCAGAGUGGUGCCCAGGGCCCUUGAUUGGAAGUGGACAGAGUGUUGCGAAUGUUGCCGCAGAAUUGUGCGGAGACUGUCUGGAG